AAUUUAACUCAGUUUGUUUUCAAAGUCUUAACACAUAGGUUGGAAAUCAUAAAAUUACGCAUAUUUAAUAUCAUUGGGUUUGCGCAAUUACGUGUCUGCGUUACUUUUGAAACUUUUGCAAUGUAUGAGUUUCCGCAAUGUGUGUCAUCCGGGGAUCUGGACAAUGAUUCUUCCGAAAAGACUUCGGCUAAAUCAGAGAUGAAGUUCCAGCUGCCAUCAAAAAAGGUCGCUAAGAAAAAGGUCGCCGAGAAAAAGAAGUUCACGAAUAUACUGGAGGCGACACGCUACGAGAUGUGGCGCGAGCAUCGUCAGCGUCUACAAAAUGUGGUGAGCGAUCUAGACCAGCAGCCACCCUCGUUCCAAGCGGUGCGGCUGACCGGUGUGAAUCAACUACGCGAUCAGGCAUUGCACUACAUGGAACGCACCAAGGCAAACAUACAUAUGCUGUUGGGUCUGUCGCAGACUAUGCGCACCCACGGCGCCAUUAAUCCCUUCCGCUACGAGAAUGUCAGUGUUAUGUCCGCAGUGCCAACAAUCAUUAACAAUCUGGAGCAAAUGGAGCAGGAUAACCGUGAUCUGGGCAAGCGCAUCUUAACAGUGGUCAGCGAGGUGGACUCGGGCCUAAAACCCGAUCGCCAUACCAACCAACCACAACCUACGCAGCCGUUCACCAUGCCCGAUCAGGCGCUGGCCAAGUAUAAACCUUUCAACAUCAAGCUGCCCAGCACAGAUAAGGAGCGCUGGCAGCUCUUUCGUCCACGCAUCUACUUUGAUAUCUAUCUCAAGGAUACGCGCCCACUGGGUCGCUUUGUCGUCCAGCUGUACACUGAGGCGGCCCCAGUGGUGGUGCUGCAACUGGUGCGCGCCUGCAUGUGCAACAUGCACAAUAAGUUUCUCAUCAAGCGGCUAUUUCCUGGCCUCUGGCUGGACGUGGAGCUGCCCACGGACAACAAUGCGUCCCUGCAUCGACCUUUGGAGUACGAUGGCAAGAUCAUUGACCAUGGUGUCUCCAGCUAUGUGCUUUCGUUUAGCAAGACACACCUGCAGGGUUUUCGUAAUAAUCUGUCCUUUUCCAUUUCCUUCAAGCCCCUCCAAGUGGUGAAUGGCUCGCGCGUCGGUUUCGGUCGCGUCAUCAAGGGCAGCAAGAUCUUUGAGUGUCUCCAGAGCUAUGGCACCAAGAACGGCACUCUCAGCCGCGGCAUACUCUGUACCAGCUGUGGCGUACUUUAGUCCUUCCACAAAACAUGACAAAAUUUUGAUGUAUUGCCAGUAAAUCAGUGUGUAAUUAAGCGGCGUCUGAUUUACUGAUUACUGAAUGGGUGAGCAUUAAACUACUGAUAGCUAGUCUCAGCAAAUGCUAAAACCCGAGAA